AGCGCAUGGGCUAAUGCGAACAUCGGCGGGCGGGCGGGAAUACAUGUAAUGCGACAUGAAAAAAAUUGCUAUGCAGGCCAUGGUUUGCGUGGGCAAAAACAUAAAUUGGCGCGGAGUGCUGAGGAAAUUACAUUACGGAGCAGGGUAUUGCAGUGCGGUGAAUAUGACCACAUUGGGUGGUUCUGCACAUCAUUUUUUUGCAUCUGCUUGGAGCUAGCUUGAUGGUCGAGGGCUCAACGGGGGCAGGAUGUGUUCUGGUAGCAGAUCUCGAUGCCGAUGCUAAGCUGCCAGGUCGGAGAAGACGUCUCCACAGGAACGAGGGCCGGAUGAAGGGCUCGGAGGACUCAAGGGGGGAGGAGGCGCCCAAUCGGCCGAGGAGAAGAGAGAGGACGCGACCUUUUUUCCUCUUGGGAGCAGUUGUUGAUGAGCUCCGUCCUGGCCAAUUGUGUGCUUUCGUUGACAGGCGGGUUGUGGAGCUUAUUUCUUUUUUCUUUUUUUCACACUUCAUCAACUCCACCUGCCGCCAUCAUCCUCGCCCCACUCCACCUCCCCUUCCUCCUCCCCUUCCUCCCCUCCUCCCCCUCCUCCACGCCCCUUCCCUCCAUCGCUCCUUCUGUCCUCUUCCGCUCCGCCUCCUGCCAUUCUCCUGCCCCUCCCCACCCCAUCUCCUCAUCUCCUCAUCCCUUUCCCACACACACCUCGUCUCGCCACAACUGCAUCAUCUGGUCUGGACUCUGUGCUGUCCCUGACAGGACCUCGAUUCUGCACACCCUUCCCUCUCUCUCUCUCUCUCUCCCGCGGCUGGCUUGCGCUUAGCCUUGCCCCGCCCAGCU